AAAUGUUUCUUGGAAGGGAUAUUGGGUUUUAACGGGUCAAAAAAUUUUAACAACAUAUGAAUAUAACGCAAGCGAGUUUUGGUUUAUUUUUGGACCUACUAAAGACUAUCGCAUGGGAGAAUCAAGGAAAGGCUGCUCCCCUCACCUCGUCGUCGAAAAUUUUCGAUAAUUUCCAUAAUUUUUUCCCUUUGCGGUGACGAAACCGAUCUUGUCUCAAUCCUGAGCCCUAAAUCAUAGUCCUGAUUUUGCUCUUGUAGAGCAUUCAGGAACUACUUUGGUGAAGAAGCAAAACCAUUAGCGCAAUCAUAAGAUAAUCGACUUUUUCUUCACUAACAUUAGCUAUGCCAUACUUAGAUAAUUCACGAGCAAGCCUUAUAUUGGAAUAGAAAGUGCGUAAACUUUGAAAAAGUGUAUAGUAUUGCUUUAAUUGGUUUUGUGUGUGGGGUGAGUGUGGGUGUGGCUGUGCGAGUGGAAAUAAAGAGAAUACCCGCACCCUAACUUACCCACACCCACACUCGUCUAGACAUUAUAGUUUAUUUUCAGUUUUAUUAAACAGUUAACCUUUUAGUAUAAGAUUAAUGAUCAACUUUAAACUCUUCUUAUUAAUUUUAUGCUUAAAAUAUUUUCUUUAUGUAGGUGAAGAUGAAAAUUCAAAUAUACGUACUUUUCGUCAUCAAGGCAUUGAUCAUUUCCGUAAACAUGCACGUACAGCCAAUAUAGUUGAAGUGGAAGAUUUAUUAGCUGGAAAUUUAAUUAACUAUUGUUGUUCAAUUUCAAAACGUCUUACAGCAAAAUUAAGUAAAAAUGAACGGGAACUUGAUGAAGACGAUCGAGAUAUGUGUAAUGUAACAAGUGCUAUUCAUGCCGACGAUAAAGCAAAAGAUGAAGAAGAAGAUGAAGAAUUAUAA